CAGCAAAAUUUGGUUUGGGGAAAAAGACGCCUACGCAGCAAAUCAUCGACGACAGUCUCGUAUCUCCGAGCUCCGUCAUCUGCUUGGUCGCCUGUUUCUCUCAGCACCAUGGACGAGGCUCGCAAGCAUCAGGUGUCCUUGAGGGGAGCAAGUGCGAGAGAGAUAUCUCGGGAUGCCCUGCUCGAGAAGGUCUCCCAGGAAAGAGAGCUCCGCAAUUACGCGAGGCGUGCUUCUGCUGCUGCUAUCUUCAUACAGAGAGUCUGGAGGCGGUAUAAUGUGUCGAAGAAGACUGCAUUGCAACUACAAGGGGAAUGGGAAGAAGCUGUGGCGAAUAAUCAUGAUGGCUCAGUGUCUGCUGGUUGGAUUUCUGGCAGUGUUUUAAGACCAUUUCUUUUCUUUGUCGAGCUUUUAUCCACUCGUCAUCAAAAGAUUAAGUCUGUUGAUACGAGUUGCAUUCAAACUUGCUUUAAGAUCUUGCUGGAAAGCGUGAAUUCUACUGAUUCUAAAAAGAAUUUUUGCUCCUUGGCAUUCGGUACACUCGAAGAACGAAGAACAUGGACUUACCAAUCAAGAAAGUUGAUCUCAAUAUGCUCAUUUGUCCUUUCGAAAUGUGAUAAAGAUCAUGCAGAGGGACGAGAUGUAAUUGUUCUAGCCUCUCUGGGGAUGCGUCUUCUUGUUGUCUUAACUGAUCUGAAUGCAUGGAGAAGUAUUGCGAUUGGUCGUCCUGAGGAUGCUGAUAGUGCAGUGAAGGAUUUGGUUAGGUUCAUCGGUGGUCUGGAAAGUGGCUUUUAUCGAUCCCUAAGGAGAUACGUGGAGAGAUUAGAGAUUUCCUCUCCUUCCCGAAAGAAAAGGAUGGCUUCUCAGACAGAUGAUCUGUUUCUGGUCACUGCUAGUUCAGUAACUUUAGCUCUACGUCCUUUCCAUGCUCUCCAUUCAGAUUCUCAUGGCUCUGUCUUGGUGGAAAUGCAAUCUGCUGUCAUGCAUUAUUGUUUGUCUCUCCUUACUGUUCCCUGGCUUGCUGAACGUUUACCGGCUGUGCUUCUGCCAGCUGUGAAGCACAAGACUGUACUCUCACCAUGCCUCAAGACAAUGCUGAUUAUGACAGAUUUUGAGAGAAGAUAUUCUCUCUGAGAUGGCAAGGCUGGAUUACUUGAAGGUACCACAUUCUGCCCAGGUCAUUCCACCUGUGGCCUGGCUUCUUGCUAACAUAGUUUGUCUAGCUGCUAGCACCGAGAAUGACUUCACAGGUCCAGGAGGGCUAUUUCAGGACGCAGACUAUGCAUCCUAUGUACGUAUAGUUGCCAUUCUUUCUGAGAACCUGCUGCAAUGGUUUAGCGAUGGUGGUUGGACCGAGCAUCAAGAUUCUCAAGUCAAUGCUGAAACUUCAGUCAAGCAUGUAAAAGUUUUUCAUGAGAAUGAGGCUGUGCAUACCCUUAUUAUGUCAUAUGUGGAGCUACUCAGGCCUAUUUUCCAGCAGUGGCACCUAAAAAAGCUUCUUUCUAUUACAAAAGAGGGUUCGGCAUCUCCAAGUCCAAAUUUCUCAAGGACGUUGGAGCUAAUUGAUAUCGCGUAUUUAUAUUCCUACAUGCUCAGAAUCUUCUCGUUCAUGAAUCCCACGGGGGCUUUGCCAGUUCUCAAUAUGCUGUCAUUUACUCCUGGAUAUCUAGUCAGUCUAUGGGAAGUACUGGAAAGCUCACUCUUUCAAGGUCAGAUGUCUAAGCGGGAUGAUGCGUAUAGUAGCGAAACUUCAAGGCACUCAAAAUAUCAGGUCCUUGAGAAAAAACAGAAACCCGCAAGUAAGGAUGCAGGAAGUAAGUGGGGUAACGUACUGAAUAGAAUGACAAGUAAGUCUGGCGUUGUGUCUUCAGGCAAUGGACAACCUAGUGUGCAAGUCACUGAGGAAGUAGAUGAUAUUUGGAACGUAGAAACUCUGAAAUAUGGCCCAGAAAAAGUUUCCAGAGAUCUGUCAUGUCUACUUCAUUUGUUCUGUGCUACCUAUUCCCACUUGCUAUUAGUUCUUGACGAUAUUGAUUUCUAUGAGAAACAGGUUCCGUUCUUGCUGGAGCAACAACGAAGAAUUACAUCAGCAUUGAACACAUUUGUUUACAACUCUUUGGCCAAUAAUAACUUCCGGCAAAAUAAACCCUUAAUUGAUUCUGCAGUGAGAUGUCUGCAUUUAUUGUAUGAACGUGACUGCAGACAUCAGUUUUGCCCUCCUGCUUUGUGGCUUUCGCCAGCCAAAAAAACCCGGCCUCCUAUCGCUGUUGCUGCUCGAACACAUGAGAUUAUGCUGACAAAUGUAAAGUCGGAUGAUACAGUGACAAGUCCGGUUCUUAAUUCAGUGGUAACUGUUACUCCACACAUAUAUCCAUUUGAAGAAAGAGUCCAGAUGUUCAGGGAAUUUGUCAACAUGGAUAAAGUAUCCCGGAGAAUGGCUGGGGAUGUCUCUGAACCUGGUUCACGAACAGUUGAGAUUGUAGUUCGUCGAGAUCGUAUUGUCGAAGAUGGAUUUCGUCAACUCAAUUCUCUCGGACCUAAGUUGAAAUCGUCCAUUCAUGUUUCAUUUGUUAGUGAAUGCGGGCUUCCAGAGGCAGGAUUGGACUAUGGUGGAUUAUCCAAGGAAUUUCUGACUGAUAUCUCAAAAGCAGCAUUUUCUCCAGAGUAUGGUUUGUUUUCCCAAACCUCAACCUCAGACAGACUUCUAGUUCCGAACCCAGCUGCUAGAUACUUGGAAAAUGGCAUCCAGAUGAUGGAAUUCCUUGGAAGAGUUGUUGGGAAAGCUCUGUAUGAAGGAAUAUUACUAGAUUACUCAUUUGCACACGUUUUUGUGCAAAAGCUGUUAGGAAGAUAUAGCUUUCUGGAUGAAUUAUCAACACUUGACCAAGAGCUGUACCGCAAUCUAAUGUACCUGAAGCAUUAUGAUGGUGAUGUUAAGGAACUCUUGCUGGACUUCACAGUUACAGAAGAAUCAUUUGGUAAAAGACAUGUUGUCGAGCUUAAACCUGGUGGCAAAGACAUUUCAGUGACCAAUGAGAACAAGAUGCAAUAUGUUCAUGCAAUGGCAGAUUAUAAGCUCAACAGACAGAUCUUCCCCUUUUCACAUGCCUUCUAUAGGGGUUUAACUGAUCUCAUAUCACCAUCUUGGUUGAAGCUAUUUAAUGCAAGUGAAUUCAAUCAGUUACUUUCAGGUGGUGACCUUGAUAUUGAUAUCGAUGAUCUAAGAAAGAACACACGAUAUACAGGUGGCUAUGCAGAUGGAAGUCGAACAAUCAAACUUUUUUGGGAGGUGGUGAAAGGGUUUCAACCAAGUGAACGUUGUUUGCUGCUUAAAUUUGUCACUAGCUGUUCUCGUGCUCCAUUGCUUGGGUUCAAACACCUACAUCCUUCCUUUACUAUUCACAAGGUCAGUUGUGAUUCUUCCAUAUGGGCAACCAUUGGAGGACAGGACGUGGAAAGGCUCCCAUCUGCUUCAACUUGCUACAAUACUCUAAAGUUGCCAACGUACAAAAGGGCCAGUACUUUGCGAGCAAAACUUCUUUAUGCUAUCAGUUCCAACACAGGAUUCGAGCUUUCCUAGGAAUUUUUCAGGCUUCAACUCAAUCAUAUUCAGGUAACCUUUGAAGCUCAAUAGCUUGAAUGAAUUGCCAACUUGUCAUAGACAACCAUGAUCUUUUUAUUCAAGCAAUGCAUAAAUGUACUAAAAGAAAAGCUAGAAGCUAGCACUGAUUACUAUUAGCAACAAACCAAAGGCCUUUUCUUAUAAAGUACAUGCAUCUUCAGGGUGUAGAUUUUGCAGCUGUGGUAGGACAUCUGGAGUGAUUCAUGAUAUGAGGGAGAAUCCUGCUUCCAGCAGAUCUUGUGCGAUGACCUCAUUAGCAGCUUCAGAGGGAUGGAAUCCAUCCCAAAACACAUACGACGUGGCAUUAGAACACGUACCUAGAGAUCUCGCAUUGCAUAGCAACGAGGUCUCUAGGGUACCCGUCCCACAGCAAGCCUUUCUCGCCUCAAAGAACCCUGCCAAUAGAAUCAGCCAAUAGAAGGAAUCUUGAGGGUCAAGUUUUGUGUGAAACUAACAGGCAGUUUUUUACUUAUUACAAUAGUGUGGAAGAUCUUUUUUACCACUGUCGCUGGGCUUGUUGAUCAUGUCCAUGAGGGGCUUGUAAAUAUCGAAGACGACAAGUUUAAGGUCAGGGUAUCGUGCAACAAGACCCUGAGAAGUUGCGUUCAGCUUCUGGUUGAAGGAACUGGCAUCACGGUUCAAUCUCUCGACGCAAUUGUUGCUCCCAAGACCAAAGAGAGUGAUGGCUGCAGGCAAACACCCAGUCGGUGGCAGGCUCGUCACUCCAAUCCUUCUGGCUCCAAGCCUAUACAGGUUCUCAAUGAAAGUAGAGUAAGAUCUCAUGAGCCGGUCGGAGAACCGAUCGGGUGUGAUAUAGAGUCCCCUUAGAACUGGGUUGAUGUAGUAGUUCUGAACGAAGUCACUAGUUCCUGAACUGAGUAGAUGGAUCCCCUUAGAGAACGUCUCGUUUGCUUUUUCGCUUCCCACUGUGUUCUCCACUCUUCUCCGGUAUUCCCUGUAGUUGUUCAGCUGUCGUGUUAAUGGAAUGGCCCCCUAAGUCACUGCUGUGAGAUCAAACAGUCCCGACCCGGCUGAAGCAAAAUUGACUCCAUUCUGAACAUUUCCUCCUCUACCUUCUUGGCUUAGAUAGGGUGGUGGGUAUGUGUCAAAACCCAAAUACUCGGCAGUAAAGUCUACAGCCAGCCUCCCAUUGCAGAACCUCCCAGUUGGUCUGUGAGUGACAAAAUCCCUUCCAUAAGGAAGGAAGUUUGCCUUGAUUGGAGUAGUGAUAUUGUUGUUGUUUCCCACAUCAGAAACCGAGUCCCCGAAGAUGAUAAACGUUGGAACCAGAGGAUCAGCAAAAGCCAUUGAAGAAAGCAAAGCUAGAACCAGAAGUCUAGCUCCCCAUUCAACACCCAUUUUCUUUCCUGGGUUCUUCUUCUUCUUCUUCUUUCCCUGAACCAAAGAAAAUAUUUUCUUUGUUGUUUGUUGUUCCUAGUAAGUAAGCUGUUUUCCAGUGCGCGUGUGUUUUCUCUCUGAGAGAUUAUGGCCGAGAGAAAGGGAAGGGGGAUUUAAGGAGGGAGAAGCGGGGAGCAAAAGCAACAUUCGCAAGGGAAGCCGUUAACCCACUUCCUGUUUCCAACUUUCCUUUUUUCUAUCUUUUCCCCCAAAAUCUUCUUGUGGGUUAUGAUUACGGGAGGGAGGGAAGCCUGGA